CUCAGGUGAACGCUUCUCCACUCUCUAAAAUGCUGAUGAGCUCUCUUGGAUUUCCAAAGUUUUCAUCCCAAACACCUGCAUCCUUUUAGGAGGAUUCAGGGGAAACAGACGCCCGCCGGUCAAGGUUCUUCCUGGAGAUAUUAAGAUGAGCACGGACACAGUGGAGCAGUCGGAGGCUCCGGGUGAGCAGGCAGAGCGAAACGGAAUCGACUUCAGUCGACAAAUAAAGACGGAGGACGUCCACGACUCGCCUCACUCAGUCACCACGCUGAAGACAUGUCACCUGACGCAGAGCCCUCCGCUGCACGGGGGUCAGCUGACCGGGGAGCUCACGUCCCUCCACCCCAUGCAGCAGCUGGUCCUGAUGCCUCCGUCCCACCUGACGUCCCCCUCCUCCUUCCUGCUCUCCCAGAGCCCCUCCAGCCACCAGGCCCUCCUGCAGCAGAACCUGCUGUCUCUGCCCAGCCAGACUCAGACCAGCCUGCUUCCCCAUCAGCCUGGCCUGGCUCUGACGCCCCAGGCCAUGAGCCGCUCGGGUCUGGCGGGACCUUCGAUGGAGACGCACAUGGACAUGUCCCACCUGCAGAUGCCCAAACACAUGUCGGUGCAGCCGCAGGACGAGCCCAGCGACCUGGAGGAGCUGGAGCAGUUCGCCAAGGCCUUCAAACAAAGACGCAUCAAGCUGGGCUUCACCCAGGGAGACGUGGGGCUCGCCAUGGGGAAACUGUACGGGAACGACUUCAGCCAAACGACCAUCUCUCGGUUUGAGGCGCUGAACCUCAGCUUUAAGAACAUGUGCAAACUCAAGCCUCUGCUGGAGAAAUGGCUCAGCGACGCAGAAAACUCGCCGGCUGACUCCAUGACAAACUCAACUUCUCUGCCGCCGCUGCUGGAAGGAUACGGACGCAAACGGAAAAAGAGGACGAGCAUUGAAACAAACAUCAAGCUCACCCUGGAGAAACGAUUCCUCGAUAACCCGAAGCCGAACUCGGAGGAGAUCAGCCUGAUCUCGGAGCAGCUGUCCAUGGAGAAGGAGGUGGUCCGGGUCUGGUUCUGCAACCGGCGCCAGAAGGAGAAGAGGAUCUUCUGCCCCGUGGCUGGAAUGCCCGUCAAACCUCACAGCUACAACAACAGAAUGCCUUCAGCCUCCAGGUCAUACAGUCCUCUGGCCUCAGGUGGAGUUUCGUCCAGUUCGUCCCCAAACAGCGUGAGCCGUGAAGCGUCUCCCAACAGCCUGUCGGCGGCCUCGGCGCCGCUCACGCCUCAGGUCAACCCGGCGACCUACAGCUCUGCGGGGCCCUGGUACCGCUGGAAUUCCGCGGCGUAUCAUCACUGAUCGACCAGAACUGUUGGCCCGUUCAGUUUGAGGAGACGCGGCGUUGAGAUCCAUCCCCAAUGGGGGUCGAACUACAGACCAGGGAGGGAGCCAGAAGGGGGCAGAGAACUGCCGCACGCUUCCAACGCCUCCUGACUGUUUAUUCUGCUGCAAACACUCAAACACCAACACCCUCAGGUUUAACCUUCGACCAUUAGCGGACCGUUGAAGGACUCAGGCUCAGUUCGGUCAUUUUGAUGAUUUUUAGCUGCGAUUCUUUGUAUUUAUGUUCAUAUUAAAGUGACGUAUUGACGCCUGUUUGCUUUGAGCUUUGCUAUUUUCCACACAGAAUUUGUAGAUAUCUGUUUUUCUGAGCUUCUGUUGGUCCAGUUUCCUGCUUCUCUUCACUUCACUUCCUGCUUUAAUUCAUGGAAAUGUUUAGCUGUGAUUAAUAAAAAAAAAAUUAUUUCUUUUUUUCACUUUACAGCAGGUACCUUUUGGAAUAAAAAGUAAAAUUGUGCUUUUAAUGAAAGUCAUUGAAUCCUUUGUCUUUGCUCUGUCUGGGAGUUGAUGUAACAAGCAACACUGCCCCCUGCUGGUGUGGAGUUCUACACACGGUCCCUUUAAAAGUCCCUUUUUUUCCUUUUAACCACAAUUUCAGUGUUUUUCAUUCCUUCUAAGAGUUCUGAAUCCAUGAAUUCCCACUGUAGAGUAGAAAUUACUAUUAAAUUAUUAAAAUUAAUUUUUACUAAAGUUAUUCUGAUCUGACUCCAUGCAGUGUGAUGUUAGAACAGUUUUAAAGCUGUCUUUAAAUAGUAAUUAGUUGUUUAUUUCGACUGUUUCAAUACACAAAACUCCAGAUUAGUUCUGAGUGUGGCUCUAAAGUUUGUUUUAAUUGAUGUAUUUAUUUUUUUAUCAGAAUCAAGCUGGUGUCUGAAACUGCCUCCUGGUCACUUGUAAAAAAACAAAUAAAAGGAGAAAAAUCCCAGUUC